AUGCCGCUGCGCAGCCGACCUCGCUACACGCAACAGCAGUCAGACACAAGGAAGGUGAUGGAUGGUGACGCGCUUCUGGCAUCCUCCAAACGAAGGGAUCCGAAUGGCGCACGACUUGCUCUUAUGGAUGCCGAUAGUGGCUGCGCCAGCGAUGUACUUUGCACUGUUCCAGACACCACAGACGACGACAUUGUUUUGGAUCCUUCUCACGGACGACAAUUGCAAGAAGUGUCUGCCGCUGGUAAACGUAUGAAGUUUGGUGAGCAUCACCCGGCAACUCGGGGUAUAGGCACUGACGUUAUCGAUUUGGUGACUGACGCCUUUAAGGAGGCCCGGGAACGGCUUGUUGAGAAGCGGCGACGUGUACUUUAUCAAGUGACUCACCCGGAUCCUUCGGACUACACAUACAACGGCAAAUUAGUACCGGCUCCGCCUCUUAGUUUCGGGAGGAUAACAGAAGAGGCUAUAAGCCUAGGGAAUAAGGUGAUGUUGGGGCAACAUUAUUCUUUGGUUAAGCAGGCAGGUAUGUAUCGCGACGAUGAAGAAGGCGGUUCCGCAGGGCAUUCGACAGCUACCUCUGUGGAGCAGCGGAGGUGUGGGCGACGCCGGACCACUCUUUACGAUCAGCAUACCUUUUUCUUUGAGAUCAACGACUUGUAUCAGGAAAUUGUCCUUGUUGGCAAGGCUUGCGCUGGGAAGUCGAGCCUGUUGAAUGCGCUCCUCGGUCAACAAGUAGCGAAGACAAGCAGCACACCCAACACGACGCGGAAACUUUCCUUCUAUCAGAGCGUUUCCCCAGAGCAGAUGCAGCGGUAUCUAAACGUGAAGGGUAACGGUCUCGUGAAGUUACCGGGUGGAGGCCUUCAACUCACUUUUGUUGAUGUUCCGGGGUUUGGUCUGGAGGGGAUGUCUGAGCAGUGGCGUGAUAAGGCAAUUGAGUUGACAGAUGCGUAUCUCGGUGUGAGACGUUCGGUGAAUACGCUUCUGCUCUGCAUUGACUGCGAACGAGGACUUACUAAGGUGGAUUUGCGUUACUUUACAUGGUUGGAAAAUCUUCAUGGAGUGUUUUUUGUCGUGUUAACGAAAUGCGAUUCCGUGCCCCAUUCGCGCGUGUGCUCUGUCAUGCGGCAGAUUUACAGUGUCAUCACCAAGAAUCGCCGAAAGUAUCGCAAGGUGUUUCCGUUUAUUAUUCCUACCUCUGCAAAUGAUGGGACUAAUAUUGAAAUGCUGCGAGGACUUAUUGCUGAAACUUCUGGACUUAUUCCUGGUGACAGACUUCGAAAAAUUCUUAAAGCCAAAGCGGAUGCUGAGAUGCGGCUAGGACUCGAAAAGGAGGAGGAGAGAAUUCGUGAAGCUCGAUGCUUAGAGGCGCGGAUGGCGAAGGCUUAUUUUGAAUCUACCAGAAGCGCGAGGGAAGUGGCUGGAAAGGACGCUAAGGCACCAGGGCUUAGUUUAGUGCCCUCGACUGCAUCCCCGCAUCCCCCACCUCAGCCUCCACUUCAUACAAAACCAUCUGCAAAGGAGCGGAAGUUCGUUCUUUCGUUAGACUGUGAUGAGGAAGGCACCGUUGAGGCGGUACCGACUCCUGUAUCGGAUUCAAUGGCCGAUGAGCCCCUUCUGACCUUUCAAAACGAUGAUGAUGCACCUCAUAUUGGUAAAUCUAGAGGGGACUCCAAAUUAAAGCGGCGAGAAAGGUUCCUUGCAUGGCGGCGCGCGCAUCCACUUCAACGACACGCAAGCGCCUACGGCGUCUUCCGACUAAACACCGGUUUGGAGCGACCUGACACUUCAACACUUGAGUUAACCUACGUUGACGGCACUCCGGAUCAAACUGAUGCCCAACUUCGAGAAUUCGAUCGUGAUUCAGCUCUGAAAGGAAAGGUAAUCGAUCUAGAAGUAGGGGGCACGAGUUAUGUUGGAGGCCCUGUGGAUGUGGCUAACCAUGGUGCACAGUUGGGAGUUGGGCAUGGGCCAGGCAAUGGUGAUGGUGGUGCAGCUCCGGGUAGGACAACUGAACUGUCGGCGGUAAUUGGCGCGGGGAACACGAACGGUGGUGGAAAUCGCACGCUACCUGCUUCAUCAAAAGGUGGUGUGUCUCGCUUCCUGAACCUUAUUGACCAGUACGCGCAACGCGAGACGCAAAAACCGAGGAGCAAACGCGAACAGGCGAAGGAAGCACGCUGGCGCGCGCGCCUUCAAAAAGGAUCAGGGACCAAGUUUUUUGCUGAGGAGUCAGACGGCCGAGUUGCUGAGUACAAGGCGGGGAAGAAGUUCGGCCCAUCGCUGAUUUCUGCCGCAUGUGACGACGUGGCGGGCCGCCGUGCACAAUGGGAAGCGCACACGUACAUGCGCCAGGCGGUUGCUGCGCGACCCACCGCACCCUGGGCAGCUUUGGAAGUGCUAAAGAGAAGGACUGAGCGUGUGAAGCAGGAUGCAGCGAUGAGGGGGAUGACCAAGAAAGAGUGUGAAGCAUAUCUCCGCAACUGUGGGCGUGUGACGGAGAAGUUUGAGGAAUUUGAAGGUGAGGUAACAGCUGCAAAGUAUAUGAAUGAGACCCGCCACACGAAAACUCUUCGCUCCCAGCAGCAAAUGCAUCUCAACAGCACAUCUAAAAUAUCGUACCGCUCCAUGCCAGUGGGGUUGUGGAAGCACUACGGCGAGCGUGAGACGUACUGGCCAACUCCUCGAGUCAAGGGUCGGUAG